GGGCUUCGACCUAGGUCUCGUGACAGCGCGUUAGAGCCGCCUUAACGCGUUCUUAGGCUACAUCGUCAUUGAGGGGUCCACGAACCACCUCACACUUUGUCAUAUUCACCUUUCGAGCCCGCAAUCCCCUAGAUCACGACUCGAUGCUUGGUCAGUGGUUAAAAAAGUCGAAUCAGUCUUCACCCGAGAAAUCACGUCCUGCGAAGCGUCCGAAGCUCGACCCAUCUCCCUCGAAACCUCCACCUGCGCCUAAGUUUGACAGCAGAGGAAUUCCUGACUCCGAAGCCGAAGAGGAUGACAUAGUAGAGGAGGAUGCAGGACCCACCAAGAAGACGGAUCUUGAGAGCGCGCUACCUCCCGUGAAGACGGACGCUGAGGCGUUGGAGGAGUAUGAAGCGUUCAAGGCGUCGCAAGACGCGGAUACCGGCGAUGCAGAGGGGCGAUUGAAAGACAGAAAGUGGAUACGAGGAAAGAGUUCAUUAUACGUCGACGCAUUCAAUUUAGCGCUAGACACCGUUCUAGAUGAGGAGAGCCAUCUGUUCGAUGAGGCUGAGAUGGAUGCAUUUGGGCAGUGGCGAGAUCUGUCCUACGAGGCACAGUAUCUCUACGUACGAUUGUUCCUGCGCAAAACCUCUGCGUGGCAUAGAAUACGAAAUCUUGGAUACCAUAGCGAUAUAUCCGACCCUGACGCCGCGAUCGAGCUUUUGCAACGUGUACGGGACCUACCACAAGCAUCGUCGAAGGUCGAAGCGUACCCUGGCGAGCUGGAACCGCCGGCGGGGACAUCUUUAGGCACAUCAUUUACCUUUGCGGAUCGAUCAGAAGAUGAGAUCAAUACUUUGGAGGAGGCUUCAUCCUUGCUGAAACUUGAUGAAUUGAAAGCUCUCGCGAAAGACGCUAAAGUUCAAGGGAAGAACAAAAAGGAGCUGCUCAAGGCGCUACGGAGAACCAGUCAAAGACAGGUCGGUUUGGGGUUCGUUGGACUAAGAAGGUCUGAUACAGAAUCAUCAAGGCGAUCGUCAACCUCUGGAUUGGAUACUCCAGAGAAUGAGCCGGUGGAGGACCCUGCGACGGAUGCCAAUCGUGACACGCAUUUUACUCGCAAGAUUAUGAGUGGAACUGGUCCAUGUAUACGGCUAUCUCUGGCGCCUCUCAGACUAUUUGAGAGAGUUCACCUAGUCUUCUAUCGAUCCACCGAAUGGACUGAGAAAUCUCUCACUACCAUCAUUCUCGCAAAGAUAGCGCGGCGCAAUUUCCCAGAAUACAUCGUGUCUCGAUCCGCCAACAUAUUUGCAUCGCGUUCACUGUUACUGGAAUUUGAGGCCUCCAUACGAACACAAUUUCGCAUUGAUAACAUCCUGGAGUUCAACGGUAGGCCUACCGAACAGGGCUACCAGGAGAUCAUUGACAUAUCUGAAGAAGUCUACCCACGAUGGAAGGCUCUGCUGAAGGAAGAACAAAUCAAGGAAGCCAGCAUAUACUAUAGUGGUGAGGGUGCAUAUCUCAGGCGUCUUUCUCCAGCCUGGGUCUACACCCGCAUUCUACACAAAGCGAACUCCGUCCUUGCACGUCGGAAGGAACAUAAGCAUGAGCAUGAACGCCAUGCUGAGUUGCUAGAACAGCGAUUGUUCCAUCACGCUAGGCGCGGUGCAUGGUAUCAACGCAAAGCUCUUUUAGAGGAGCACUACAUGGCAGCUUUGUCGCCCAAUGAAGGCCGAAGUGAAGAUGCCCAGACAAAGCAUUGGAAGCGAGUGGCAUUAAAGACCUGCGAAGACGGACUGCAAGAUCCACUGGUUCAUAUAAUCUAUCACUACGAUCUUCAGAAGCGCAUAAUUAAGAUAGAGAAGAGUCUCAAGAUAGCCAAGCGGGCACAACACAACUUUGGACACGUUCGUCUCGCCAAACCAGCCGAGGUUACAAUCGAAGGCAUUCGGAUUGAGCGUGAACAGCCUCUGAGCAGAAGAAAUAGCUCCUCAAAUCCCAGUGGUAAGCGAGGCGCGAAAACUAUCUGGAUCGACCCACGGGAAGGCGGAGAGUGUUCUGUAGAAGAAAUGUGCCUCUCACACUACCGCGACCAAGGUUGGAAAGGUUAUCACAGCGAAGGUGGCAUUGUUCGUACACUAUUUGCCUAUCUCUUCUGUGAUAUCAUGUUUACAUAUAUUCCGAACGUUUUCCAGACUCCUUAUCAGACCUGUCCAUUAGAUCUUCAUACUGAUGCCUUCUUUCCUUCGCGGCUGUCCGAAAUAAAUCAUCGACUUAACGAAAUUUCAAACGGCGAUGCCGAGUCUAUUAUCCAGCGGGUCUGGAAUGAUCAAAAUGAGCGCCAAACUUGCAUUGUAGGCCUUGACUGGACUUUCGAGAUUGAGGAUCUACUCGAGAUCGCGAGGUGUUUCGAGGGCGAGGCUCUCGCUACCAUUUGCAAAGUAAUAGCACAGGACUAUGCACAGCGAGGAGGAGGUGUCCCAGACCUGUUCCUAUGGAAGGAAACAGAGGAAGUUGAUGGAAGUGAAAAGGGAGAUGGGCAGAGGAAAAGUAUAGUAAAGUUCGCAGAGGUCAAGAGUGAAAAUGAUCGUCUAAGUGAUACCCAGAGGUUAUGGAUCCACGUGCUCACUGGUGCUGGAAUUGCUGUUGAGCUGUGCAAUGCGGUUGCUAGGGAAGUUAGAAUCGUUGAUUAGUAGUGAAUGUAA